UCGACAAUGGCAAUAAUAAAAUGGCAAUCCAGCAAGCAGACAAGCUGCUCAAAAAACACAAGGAUCUCCACUGUGCAAAGGUUCUGAAGGCAAUUGGCUUGCAGAGGACUGGCAAGCAGGAUGAAGCGUAUGCUCUGGCACAAGAAGUAGCAGCACUUGAACCCACAGAUGAUAAUUCCUUGCAGGCACUCACCAUCCUCUACCGGGAGAUGCACAGACCGGAACUGGUAACUAAACUUUAUGAGGCAGCUGUAAAGAAGGUUCCCAACAGUGAAGAGUAUCACUCCCAUCUCUUCAUGGCCUACGCCAGGGUUGGUGAAUACAAGAAGAUGCAACAGGCUGGAAUGGCACUUUAUAAGAUUGUACCCAAAAAUCCUUACUAUUUUUGGUCUGUGAUGAGCCUGAUCAUGCAGUCUAUUUCAGCCCAGGAUGAAAACCUCUCAAAGACGAUGUUUUUGCCCCUAGCCGAGAGGAUGGUGGAGAAAAUGGUGAAGGAGGACAAGAUUGAAGCUGAGGCUGAAGUCGAGCUGUACUACAUGAUUCUGGAACGUCUCGAGAAGUAUAAGGAAGCCUUAGAUGUUGUGAGAGGAAAACUAGGAGAGAAGCUGACAAGUGAGCUCCAAAGCCGUGAGAACAAGUGUAUGGCAAUGUACAAGAAGCUGUGUAGGUGGCCAGAGUGCAACGCGCUGUCGAGAAGGCUGCUGCUGAAAAACUCAGAUGAUUGGCAGUUUUAUAUAACUUACUUUGAUUCAGUGUUUCAACUCAUUGAUGAAUCGUGGACACCUCCACCAGAAGAAGAGCACUCUUUGGAAGGAGAGGUACACUAUUCUAUAGAGCAAGCUGUGAAGUUUAUAGAAGAGAGGAUAACAGAAGAAUCUAAGAGCUCUCGGCCGCUUCGGGGACCAUAUUUAGCUAAACUGGAGCUGAUCAGACGUUUGCGAUACAGAGGUUGUAAUGAUGAGUAUAAACUAGGUGAUCCAGAAGAACUAAUGUUCCAAUACUUCAAAAAAUUUGGUGACAAACCCUGCUGUUUUACUGAUCUCAAAGUAUUUGUGGAUCUCCUCCCAUCCAGCCAUUAUACAAAGUUCAUCAGCCAGUUGCUGGCAGUAAUCCCUCUCUCAGCAGCAGCAGAGGGUGAGCUCGCGCUGCCUGGCGACAUCAAAGCCCUGCAGCAGCACUUGUGUGUGGUGCAGCUCUCCAGGUUGCUCGGUAUCUAUCACGCCAUGGAGAAGAAGCAGAAGCUGAGUGUGGUCCGGGAGCUGAUGUUGAGAUACCGCCAUGGACUGGAGUUUGGAAAGUCUUGUUUGAAAACUGAAUUGCAGUUCUCAGACUAUUACUGCCUGCUUGCAGUUCACCUGCUGCUUGACCUGUGGCUGGAAGGUGAAGAGACAGCUGUGUGGCAGUGCCUGACCCUGUUAGAAGAAGGGUUAUCUCAUAGUCCUUCUAAUGCUCAGUUUAAAUUGCUGCUCAUUCGAAUCUACUGCAGGCUUGGUGCAUUUGAACCCGUUGCAGAGCUCUAUUCCAGCCUUGAUGCGAAGCACAUACAGCACGACACCAUCGGCUACCUUCUGACGCGCUAUGCAGAGUCACUGGGCCACUACGCUGCUGCAUCCCAAUCCUGCAAUUUUGCACUCAGGUUUUUCCACUCCAACCAGAAAGAUACCUCAGAAUAUAUCAUUCAAGCCUACAAGUACGGUGCGUUUGAGAAGAUCCCGGAGUUCAUUGCGUUUCGAAACAGGCUGAACUCUUCCCUUCACUUCGCGCAAGUUCGCACAGAGCGGAUGCUCUUGGACCUUUUACUUGAAGCAAACAUAUCAACCAGUUUAGAAGAAAGUAUAAAGUCCAUGAGUCUGAGCCCAGAGGAGGAUGACAUUCCUUGGAAAGAUUUGCGCGACAACAGAGACCUGACAGUCCUGUUUAACUGGGAUCCAAAAGACAGGGACAUUUCUGAAGAACAUAGGAAACUCUCACUGGAGGAAGAAACCAUGUGGUUGCGAAUCCGGUCUUUAACUUUAAGGCUAGUAAGCGGACUCCCAACUCUUAGUCACACUAUUCAACCAAAGAACUCUGAAAAGACUGCAGAGAACGGCGUCUCAUCCAAGAUUGAUACAAUCCGAUCCCUGCUCCAGCAGCUGGAAGCGGCAGCGGAUUCAGGGAAGAAGUUUCUAGAACAAAAAAUUCAGUAUCCUGUCCUUGGCCCUCCUCCUACCCGAAUGGCUGGCUUCUUCAGUAAUGGCAGCUGUCAGUGCCAGACUAGCUUGUUUUAUCUUGUUAGUGAUAUUUAUGAACUAGAUACCAAUGGCUUAGAAGAUUCAGCAGAAAUCCAGGAGAGGAUAGGGAAUAGUUUCAAGUCCUUAGUAGAACGACUGACAGACUUGUUCAAUAAAUGUAAAGGUGAUUUGAUUGAAGUCAGAGAUGGCACCUUGAAAACCCAUCCAAGCCUGUUAGAAAACCUGGUCUUCUUUGUUGAGACGAUCUCCAUCGCCCUGUGGGUAUCCAGUUACUGUGACAGUGUCCUCCGACCUUUUAAAUCCAACCUGCAGAAAAAGAAGAAGAAAAAAAAAGAAAGCAGUUUAGCCAUGCCACCUGUAUUUACACAUUUCCUGGAUUAUGUUACUGAGCUACAGACGUUAACUUCCAAUGUAAUAGAUCACAUCAAAGGGCUUGAAAUCAUUCUGACUGCACUAAAACUUGAAGAGCUGUCCCUCAAGGACACUCUGCUUUUACAGGAAGAAAAAAAGUUUACAAAGACUGUGCAAGGGAAGGUGCAGAGCAGUUACCAUCACUCAGUUCAGGAAAUUGGAGAGCUGCUGAAAAAGAGACUCGAUACCAUUAAAAAACUAAAGAUUUGAGAACUGCAUCCUUGACAGACUCUACAGGGGAGUGACACCAGAGUCCCAGACAGAAGCAACGUCCAAUAUACCAUCACUUUAAUCCAGAACUUCCUCAUAAUGCAUGAAGGACUUAAAAUCAUAAACCAAUUUUUUUAGGUAUUACAGAUGUAUUGAGCUGAUUUAAAUUAUUGUACAUAAAUGAGAAGCAGGGACCCUUAUCGGGGUUUGACCACUUUUUAUACAUGUUCAUAAGCAUAUUGCAACAGGAGAAAAUUCACUUUCUUCCCUUCCAAUCUCUAGAAACAACUGGAGAUGGUCUUUAGAAGCAGCAAUAGAAAUCCAGUGUAAAGCAUAUAUCUCAAAGGAGUUGUAUUUUCAUCACCAUACAGUGUUUAUAAUUUUUGUAUGGUCUUUGCCUUAGAAAUGCAGAAGUUGUAGAUGCAUUUGGCCGCCUCCAGUGAAAUGAGCCUGUUUUGGAGCUAUUCUGUCCUCAAGCCACCAGGUCCUACUGAAUGAAUUCAGUGUGGUGGUCCCACAGGGAGAGGUGAAGCUGUGCUGGAGGAACACCCUCAGUGUACAGCCAGCCAGCAAGCGUGGGAG